AAAGAAUGAUUGUUUGGCCGCUAAAAAUAUACAGCAGGCUGCUGAUCAUACGCCCCCAUUUUGAGACCCAUUUUAAGGGACUACGUGCAGUUUGUGCUAUUGCUAAAAGAACCGUUCAAGAUGCAAGGGCUUUCGCUGAAAUCACUGAAAAAGCACCCGUCUCUCAUUCCACUCUUUGUCUCCUUGGGUGCUGGGGUUGCAAUGGCUACCUUUUACACUCUGCGUCUGGCAACCCAAAACCCUGAUGUUACAUGGGACAGGAAGAACAACCCAGAACCCUGGCAAAAAUAUGCUGAAAAGCAAUAUAAGUUUUAUUCACCUGCUGGAUUCAAGCCUAGCCAGGCACCUAAAUAUGAGGAGUGAUUUUUAUCAAAGAUUCCUUUGAUUUAUAGUCUACUUCAUAAUUGAAUUCCUGGAUAAUGUUCAAAUAAAAAGAAUUGGUAGUA